AUGUUGAGACGUGGAGUGCAGCUCCCAGCGCUUUUGGUCACACGCGGUGGGUGGGUGGCGCUUUCAGGCGCCGUGACGCGCAGGUUUCUUUUUUGGGUCUACAAAGAGAGAGUCAAACGAGUUGCAGUGCACUUUGGCUCAGGCAUUCCGUUCAACUACAACCAGUCCUUAAAGCUGACCAAACCAAUGCUUGGGGCGCCCAGUGCUCCGCGCUCGGGAGGGCUUUCCUUCCCUCCUCGCAGCGGAACCCUCCUCCGCGUCAGCGGUGCCCUGGAAAACCGCUCCACCAAGACCGAAGAAAACCGCCGUGGAGAGGAGGUGAGCGGUGGGGGAAUCACCCGCGGAGAGCGGGUGGUGGAAAAAGGGGACACCGGAAGAAGCUGUGGUGUCCAGGAUGGGAGGGCGGGCGGCGCCCUGCUGAUGACCGGGCCGAAGUCCAUGUGGCUGAAGUAUUCCUUGAACAAGAUGCAUAAGCUCAACAACGACGAUCAAACCGAAGACUCUCGUGUGAACUCCCGAAAGACCUCUGGAGAUGUUUGCCCAGACCGUGAGUCGAUGAGCUACCGCAUCGCGCGGCAGGCGGUGAUGCAUGCCCUCAAACAUAAGUACCGCGCCCGGCGAGUCUUCAAGCGCUCGCGACGCCAGCUCUGGAUCCAACGCGCAGCUGAGCGAAAGAAUGUGAUCCGCCAACACGAGACCAACUGGGUAGAGCUUCAGAUACAGUGGUUUCAGAGGACUCGGACCAUGACACACCUUGUGAUCUCCCUGCGAUCUCCCAUCUUCUUGAGGUACAACCAGUUCAUUUGCAAGCUGAAGGAGUGCGAGUUGCUCAAUCCAUGGGGCCAGGAGGCCAACAUCAACAUCAAUCGCAAGAUCCUCUCACAGCUGGGCGUCUACGAUCGGGCAGUGUUUACCAACGUGCUGCAGGUCCGAUUGUUUUGUGCGCAGGGACGUGAGAGAACCGACGGAGAACGGACGGUUUGGAUGGAGAUGUGGAUGAUCACCUCAUUCGGGCUGGGGGUGUGCUGUGAAAUACCUCCCCGCACAGGCUUGAGCCCGGAGGGUUCGGGAGCCACGUCUGAGGAGGUCCAGUUCGGGACGAUGCUGAAGACGCAGGCCGCGCCGGUGAGCCGGCUGCGAGGACACAUCGAUCGCGUUCACGGCAUCGCAUGUUCCAGGGGUCGACCUGCGCGACAUGGGAAGACGUCGGACGAAGAGCUCCAGCGCUUGCGCGCCAAUGCGGGAGCCGCCUGGAUGGUCAACCUGACCCUGGUGGUGUGGAUCGUGUGGCUCUAUCAACGAAGGAGCAGUACGUUCCGCAACUCGGACAAGCAGGCCAUCUUUUCGCUUCUGCAGCAACAGAUGGAGGAGGAGACGGGCACCUUGGCGACGGACAGCCGCUUGAAGGAGGAUCUGAGGCAAGAAGCCCUGCGGAUUGUGGACAUCACUUCACGGUUGCAGGAUCAGCUGUUCGUGGCGGAGCCCAGUCAGCAGGGCCCCUUGCAGCAAUUGCAGCAGAGUCUACAAGACCUCAUGCAACAGGUGAUGCGUGAAGAAUCCUUCAUCGACGAUCGUGAUGCUCAGCUUCAAAGGAGCUUCGAGGUCUCCACGCGCGACUUGCGAGAAGCGCGCGAGGAGGUGGUGCCCGACAUCUUCCUGGUCGACGAUGACCUCUUUGGGCCCCUCACGAGCACGGCCAGUGGCUUGCUCGCUGGCUUGGACAUCGCUAUCGCUGGACAGGCCAUCCUACUGGCCGUGCUGCUCACGGCGCAGAAGGGCUUCACUGCGGAGGACACGUCCGACGCUGCGUCCCAGUCCUCCUCGAGCGCAGCCUCACAGGCAGCGAGCGACGAGCAAGCAGGUGGAGGUGCUUCGACAGGUGUUGAGACCACAGCUGCAGCUGAGGUGAGCUCGGGCAAGGUGGUGCUGCGCUUCUACGGGCGCUGGGACAAUGAGGAUCAGUGGGUUCUCUUGCAGUCUCUACCGCUUCAUGGCUUUGCGGGGUCGGUGGUGGAUGGUCUACGGCGUUCCAAGAGCUUUCUGGGACCUCUGGCCAGCAAGCUCUUGACCGCUCUCGUCGCCCGCUCCGCGCGGGGCUUGGUCCAGCGGCGCGGCUGGAAACCUAUCGUGGAGAAGACCAUGGCGGAGGUGGGCCGUGAGUUCUACCUGGGUUACCUGGUGGAGCCAUCUGCUGCAGAAGCUCAUCAGCGUGUCCCCUUGCGGGACGCCAAGGUGGAGGAGGUGCUACUGGAGCGGCGAAGCGGAUCCGACAAGCAAGCCGACCCUGCAGGUCAACGGGACCCAGAAUUUCCACGGAGUUCGCUGGCCACAAGGGCCUCCCAAAAAAGCGUGGAAGAACAGGGCCAAGAUGUACAGAUGAAUGUCCCUCGAGCUCGAAUCAACAUGGAAGACUACUUUCGUCACUUCUUCACUUCAGAGGUGCGAACAGGUGCUUUCUCCACUUCCAUGGUGACUGCAGUUGAAAAGGAUACCCUCAGGUACUUGGAGGCCACGAUCCCGGAGCUUUACACUGAUCCACGCAUCCGCUUCAACCGACAGGUGAAGGAUUGGGGUGUGGAGUCCGGGAUGCCCAGACCCCGAGCUGGCAAGCUGGCGAGCGAAGUCGCGGGACCGGUUCCGGUGCCACCGUCCGAAAGGUACACCAUCGACGUGGGUGAUGAAGAGGUGAGUUCGAAACCGGUCGACGAGGGUGACAUGCGGGCGUUGGAUCUUCAAGAACUUGAGACAUCGACUUCAUUGAGAAACCGGCAUUGGAAGGAGUGGCGCGACAUUCUGCCCAAGAUGCCCGAGUUAGCCAAUUUCCAGGAAGUUCCAGUGCAAGAGAGGUACAGGAUUCCGGAUGAGAACACCAACAAGGAGUAUGCGAAGUUCAUGAAGAAGGUUCGAGACUUCCAAGCGGACGAAGAGGCUAAGAAGGCGCAGUGCGGGCAGCUCCGGGCAGUCCGAGUGGAGAAGGGUGAGAAGGUGCGAGGUAAGAAGGAGGCCGUCCCACCCGACGCUGGCGUGACCCGCGAGAUGUGGUUCAGCGAAGAGUGCGGAGCCUCUGCGAGCCUCUUCCGGCGGCGGGUCGCCUGCCUGGCCCUCCGGUCGCCCUCGAAGGGCGCGGAGCUGUCCGGGGGCUUCUUCGACUACGAUGAACUGGAUAAGGCUUAUGAUGCACUUACGGCGAACGACAAAGGUGUGGACGAUGAUGGCUUGGAUUCCCUGUCCGAGAUUUGGCCAGGUGACUUGCCACUGGAGGAUGACCUGCCAGACUUGGUUCCAGGACCCAUGGAGGAGCAUGGGCUCCUGGACCAGCCAGUUUGUUGGGAGGUCUGCGUCUUGCGGUUGUUGAUCCGGAAGGCACCCGAUCUGCAGGCGCCAGUGCAAGGCAUUUGCCAUGAACAGGAGCUCCUCUUUGAGGAGCCCCACGGAGCACCUGACGAUUGGUUGUGCCUGCAUGGGCACACGGGCUAUGUGCUCAAGGAUGGGCGGCGCAAGGAUGCGAAGCUGGGCAUGUUGGUGAAGCCCUUCAAGCUUGAAGGGGUCCCAGAAGCUCACUCGACUUCGGUGCUCCUCAUCCUCAAGGAGGGUUGGCAGAAAGCGCGCUCUCGCCCAGGCGGUCUGCCGUUGCUGCGUCCCAAUGCCGUGAAGCGCCUCCGCAAGGCGCACGAAGAGGCGGUCUCUUUGGCCUCCCAAGACAUGGAAUUCCGACUGGACAUUUUCGAGUCGGAGUACCAGAAAGGGGUGGACGCCGUGAACUCCGAGCAAGGCUUUCUGGCGCAGGCGAGAAUGCUUUUGCAGAAGUCGGAAAUGGCAGCCAUGCAGGGCUCGAAGCGAUACCAAGCGCGGCUCGGGGUGAAGAAGGACUCCGUGCAGAGGUGGAUCGAAGGGAUUAAGGAGAGGAUCCUUCCGAACCAGGCGGAUGCGACGGAAGUGGUGUCGAAAGCCUUGGAGCUGCUGAAGAAAGAGGAAAACAUGGUGAAGCUCCAGGUUCAAGUGGGCUGCACUGUGCACGUGGUGGGCGAUUUACACGGCCAAUUCUGGGACUUGUUGCAUCUGCUGGAGAUGUGCGGGGACCCCUCCCCUCGGAACCAAUACCUCUUCAACGGUGACUUCGUCGAUCGUGGACAAUUCUCCGUGGAGGUGGCGUUUCUUUUGUUGGCCUUGAAGGUCUUGUAUCCACGAUCCGUGCACCUCAACCGCGGCAACCACGAGGCGCUUCGGAUGAAUGCGCUCUACGGCUUUCAGCACGAGACUGAGAACAAGUACGGCAACGAGCUUUUCCGCCUCUUCUCAGAAGCGUUUAAGCAUUUGCCGCUGUGCACCUUGGUGAACAGCGCAGUCUUCGUGGUUCACGGUGGCCUUAGCUCGAAGGAGGGUGUGAAGUUGAGUGACCUGGCACGGGUGAACCGUCUACGGGAGCCCGAUGAGACAGCUGAGCAGCUGAUGCUGGACCUCCUGUGGUCCGAUCCAAUGGACUCUCCGGGCUUCUGCACCUCGCCCCGGGGCGGCGGCAUCCUCUUCGGCCCCGACGUCACCAAGCGCUUCUGUGAGGAGAACGGCCUUUGCUGUAUCAUCCGCUCGCACGAAAUGAAGUCCGAGGGCUACGAGUGGCAGCACAUGAACCGUUGCCUCACGAUCUUCUCAGCGCCGAACUACUGCGACGUGUGCGGGAAUUUGGGUGCAGUGUGCAGUAUCACUCCCUCUCAGGCGCGGACGGUGCGCCUGCAGGACCUGAAUGUACGGACCUUCGAAUGCUCACCACAUCCAGAUGAGCCACACCCUGUGAAUAUGAUGUUCAGACCCUUCUGA